CAACAGUUAAUCACAGCGAACGAAAUCUGCUUCCUUGAUUUCACGUGUUUUUCGUUUUACGUCGUUUCAAAUUCUUAAUUUUCGUUGUUCCAUCUGUGCAACGUAUCUUCUGCAGCACAUCAUGGCAAAAGAAAACAGAAAAAAGUUGUUGACAAGAAUAUUUUGGACAACCGUUGCUUUGGUAUUAAUGGCCUUACUGGGCGUUGGGAUGAUAUUCGAAAUUUUCGAUCUCAAGAAGGUCACGACCCCAUCCAAAUUGGGAAAAUUCAAGAAAGCGGCUGUCAGCUCUGGCGGCAUACCUUGCUCGAAAAUCGGACGUGUGGUGUUGGAGGACGGAGGAAAUGCAGUCGAUUCCGCGAUCGCCACCGCCUUUUGCAUCGGCGCAGUUAAUCCCCAGAGUGCCGGAAUUGGCGGAGGCUUUUUUAUGACCCUCUACGAUCCAGUGAACCAAACAGCUCAAUGUCUCGACGCACGAGAAGUAGCGCCUAUCGCCGCCACCAAAAAUAUGUUUCAAAAGAAGUCAUCCAGCUCUCAAUAUGGUGGUUUGGCCGUGGCGGUUCCGGGUGAAUUAGCUGGAUAUUGGGCUGCCCAUCAGAAGUACGGGAAACUACCUUGGUCUCGUUUAGUUCUACCAACUGCUGAAAUGGUUGAAAAAGGAAUUGAAGUCAACAGUCACCUCGCCAACGCGUUGAAAGUGGAACAGAAAUUGAUCAUGGAAGAGCCUUCAAUGCGAGUUUUUUUGAAUGAGGAAACGGGCCAAGUAAAGAAAUUAGGCGACGUUGUGAAAAAUCCAACAUUCGCUCAGACAUUGAAAACGAUCGCUAGCGAAGGUGUUGGCAGUUUUUACAAUGGAAUCCUAGGCGACACAUUAGUUGAGAAUAUACAGAAGAAAGGUGGAAUUAUAACCAAAGAAGACUUGAUGCAAUAUCGCCCCGAAUGGAAGGCUCCCAUCAAAGUGGAAUUGAAAAACAAAAUUACAGUGUACUCUAUGCCACCACCAGGAUCAGGAAUUUUGACUGCUUUCAUCCUCAACAUUUUAGACGGUCACAUUGAAAGCGAAAACACUGCAAGGUCGUCUCGUGAUCCAACUAAUUACCAUCGGAUUGCGGAAGCCUUUAAGCACGCCUUCGCUCAACGAUCGAAAUUGGCCGACCCUCAUUUCGUUCCUGAAGUAAACGAGUUGAUUGAUAUCCUGUCGUCUAAAGCUCUGGCUUCUGAAACCUACGCUAAAAUCAACGACUCAUUUACUUCUAACAACCCAGAAUUUUACGGCGCAGUUUCCUACAGUCCGGAGGAUCAUGGCACUUCUCACAUUUCUGUCCUGGAUGGUAAUGGAAUGGCCGUCGCCAUCACGUCAACUUUGAAUCACUUCUUUGGGGCUGGAUUUGCUUCAGAGCAGACUGGUAUAAUCCUGAACGCUGAGAUGGAUGACUUUUCUACCCCGAACGUCCACAAAUACGAGAUGCCUCCCAGUCCAGUGAAUUUCAUUGAACCGGGUAAACGACCCUUGUCUUCCAUGACGCCCACCAUCCUCGUCAAUUCGACAACUGGCCGUGUCCGUUCUGUCAUAGGAGCGGCCGGUGGCACUAAAAUCACUACAGCAACAGCCUAUGCAAUCAUCCGAAAUCUCUGGUUUGGUGAAACGAUCAAAGAAGCCAUCGACAGUCCGAGGAUCCAUCACCAAUUGUUUCCCAUGAACUUUCAAUAUGAAAAGGGUUUUUCAGCGGACAUAAUCAAGGACAUGGUGGAAAGAGGACACAAUGUAACCGAUGGCGAGUACACGGGUGGGGCUACGGUGUGCGGCGUAACGGUGGAAAAGGACGGAUUCAUUUACGCAAAUUCUGACUGGGGGAAAAGUGGAGGUGUCGAUGGCAUCGACGCAGUAAACUCAUAGAAUCAAGGGACGAUAGUUUUAUUUUGAAUUUAUCAUAUCACCUUUUUGUAUUUGUAAAACAUGUACCAUUAUACAGGAAACGAGUCAACCGUUAA